CCCGUCGCAUUCCACGAUUUCCAUCUCCCCUCCCACCACGUAAAUCCCAACCCCCAAAUUCAUUUCAAUCCGAUUCGCCGAAACCAGAGCUUGGACUUCUCCUUAUACAAUCCGCACGCUGACAUAUCUGCUUUCCUCUUCUGUUUCAUUACUCUUUUCUGCGUCUCUGGAUUUCCGGAGUUGAAUUUGAUCAUACAGGGUGUCGGCACACCGGAAACCACCGCCGGAUCAGGAAUUUUCUCAUUUUCACGAUUUCUACAUGAGCGGUGACCACUUGAAAAUUCCGGCGGCGGAUAGUAAUCUGCUUCCGGUGGCCGCUGAAGCGAAUGCGUCCUCGGGUUUGGAUGAUCCGAAUAAGAAGAUCCGGAAGCCGUACACGAUCACCAAGUCAAGAGAGAGCUGGAGUGAUCAAGAGCAUGAUAAAUUUCUCGAAGCGCUUCAGUUAUUUGAUCGGGACUGGAAAAAGAUUGAAGCAUUUAUUGGGUCAAAGACAGUUAUCCAGAUACGUAGCCAUGCCCAAAAAUAUUUUCUGAAAGUCGAGAAGAAUGGUACAAGCGAGCAUGUGCCUCCCCCACGUCCAAAGAGAAAAGCUUCUCAUCCUUAUCCACAGAGGGCCUCAAAAAAUGUUCCACCUCGAACAGCAGGUCCUGUGCAAUCUUCGGUUGCUAGAGUGGAGACUGGAUAUGCUGUAAGGCGCGAUCCGUUUUCAACUCCCAGAAAUCCUAUCAGUGGUUCACCAUUGUCUUCUUGGAAUUACAAUGUUGUGCCAGCAGGAUGUUUGUCAAAUGUUGCAAAAGAUGAUGUCCGAUUAGCCAGUGCUGCCAAUAAUUAUAGCACCAGCAGCAAUGAUAGCACUCCGUGUCUGUGGAAAUCUAGUGAGAUGGAUCAUGAAUUAAAAGCGACAUUGUGCAACACAAAGAUAGUUAUGCCGGAUUUCGCUCAAGUUUAUGGUUUCAUUGGCAGCGUCUUCGAUCCUACCACAACUGAUCAAUUGCAAAGGCUAAGGAAAAUGGAGCCUAUAAAUGUUGAGACGGUACUGAUGUUGAUGAAGAACCUCUGCGUCAAUUUGGUGACCCCUGAAUUUGAGAAUCAUAGAAAGUUGCUCUCUUCAUAUAAAAUAGCAACUGAAAAUGUCCGUGCUGGGAGUGAGAUCCCGUCUGCAUAGAGUCCUCAAAAGGCAUUAUCUGAAGAGCCUUAGGAGCUUGUUAUGUUCCAAGAUUGGUUAGUGUGGUAGAUAUGUUUUUACUUGUUGCUUUAUGGUGAUGGCAACAGCUGCAGCCAUGGGUGAUUGUGUGAUCUACUGCUGAAUAUGUGGAUCUGUGUGUGUUGUAUGUAUAUAACAGGCAUGUGGUGAUAGUUUUGAAACGCCCAGAAGUUUGUUAGCUUGAGAGAGAGAGAGAGAGUGGUUGAUGUGUUUUAAAAUGUCAGGGAGAGUAGGUUUUCUGAUCUUGUACAUUCUUGGCUUCUUUUUAUGAUCUGUUCAUGUAAUGUUUUGGUGUUACUAAGUGACUUUGAGAGAGACAGUAUGGAAUCAUGGUGAAACUGUAAAGCAAACGCCUAUGCAAGAUGGUAGGAGACAUUUGGAAUUAGUUUCAUAUAAUCGAUAUUGAUAUCGGUGAUCGAUCUGAUUGUUAUUUUAAAGGGCAAAUGGGUGUUUUGGAUGACUGGCAACUACAGCUCUCAUGCGGACAGUCACCAUGACCCUGGUGCGUUAUGGGAGAUCAACAACAGGGACGUGAUGGCGAAGAAGGCCAAGAAGUAUCUGUGGCUGUGCAGUGCGGUUGAGAGGCUCAUGAGUGUAGUCUGCUACCCGAUAAGGGACUUUCCCUAUUGAUGAUCUAGAAGAACUCCUUGUAGAACUCUAGUUCUUAAAGACUAUGAUCUACUAUUAAAUGAAAAACUAGCAAUGCAAUGGAUA